UGCAUAUUAGCUACCUGUUUUCAUUAUAUUGCUGGAAUGGAAAACAUACAUCGCGGAUACACUCUUAUUUUGGUAUCAAUAUGCCUUGCCAUUUUAUUCCUCUGUGCUGCCUCUGAUGAUCCAUCUUCUAGAAACCCAGUUCACUCAAGGAAGUCGAAUAUACGUCAAUCUGUUAGAGGACAUAGAUCAACGUUUGGUCACCAUUUCUACCUCCCGGAGGUAUCUGAGCACAAGGCCAAAUCCUUCCUACACAAAAAACAAGCUACCCUAAACCCCGCAUACUGCUUGGAAUUAAGAUACGAACGUUGGUGUGAAUUAAACAUAGCAUACUGUCAGGGUCAACAUGAACAUACGAGAGAACAACUGUGUGCAACAUUAGCACCGUGUGUUCCUGGCCAGCACUGUCUGUUGACUACUCCCUGUCCAGCUCAUUUUAGAUCUGCUUGUGUUGACAUUGACGAAUGUGCGAUCAACCCGUGCCAAAAUGGGGGAACAUGCCACAACGGUAACAACCUGUAUACAUGCACGUGUUUACCUGGAUGGAGGGGGCAUGAUUGUGAAAUAGGUGAAAUAUAUACUCAAUAACAGUAAAACCAAAUCACCGAAAAUCAAAAAGAAAUAGCAUACGAAAGUUGGUGUGAAUCAAACAUACAUAUACCAUACUGUCAGGUAAACUGAUUUUUCAUACACGAUGAUUUUGUCCUAAAUAUCUAAAUUCUCCAGAUUAAAGGGU